AUGGGUGAGUGGCAACAUGGAAUUUUCGGUUGUUUCGACAACAUCGGGAUGUGCAUUUUCUCGUACUUCGUGCCGUGCUACACCCACGGCAAGACGGCCGAAGCGCUGGGCGAUGAUUGCUUGCUCUGCGGUCUGUCGCUGUUCGUGCCGCUACUAAAUAUCUACGCCUUGGUCGUCACCCGUGGUAAAGUCAGAGAAAAUAAAGGCAUCGAAGGCGGCCUGAUUGGAGAUCUGCUGAUGAUCUGCUGCUGUGGCAUAUGUUCUCUGAUUCAGGAGGCCCAAGAAAUGGGCGUGUCAACUCCUCUUGGGGCUGGAGAGUCGAUCGCCCGGUCAUAG